UGCCAUGCCCUUUGACCUUCAGCUAGAGGAGUAUAUAUAACCAGAGGAGGUGAAGGGAAGGUCCCUGGCAGCCAAAAUGAAGUCUGUGCUUCCUGUGAGCUGCUUGCUGUUCCUGCUGGUCUGGGCUGCUGCAGAUCACCAGGCAGGGUCCUCCACCCAUGAUGAGGAGCCUCUUGUCCACAUUCAGCUCCAGCAGCCAGAAGGAGACCUCUUCUCCUGUGGAUGUGACUCAGGGGAGGAGAACACCAGCCAGAGCUCUUCCAAUGACACUCCAGCCCCAGAGAGGGCGAUGUGUCAGCCAUGCAAACACCCAUCGAGUGUAGGCAAGCAAGAAGUGAAAGCAAGUAUUACAGUUCCUGCUGAGGAAGAAGGUGACGGGACAGAAAAGGAGGAGGAGGCAAUAGAGGAAGAGACAGAACAGCAGAGCCCUGAGGAUGAGGCCAAGUCAGUGCAGGAUCAAAUUGAGGAGAAGGAAGAGGUUACAGUGGUUGAAGAUGUUGCUUUUGCUGAGAAAUCGGAAGAAAAGGGAGAAAAAACUGAGGAAGAUUUGGAAAAAAUAGGGGAAGAUGAGGAAUUGUCUCAUGAGGAGCAUGAAAUGAAACAUCGCGAAGAGGUUCCAGAGGAAGAAGAACCUGAGACUGAAGAAAUGGAAGGAACAAACGAGAAACAAAAACACCCACAUAAGGAUGCAGACGAAGCAGCUGAGGAGGAGGUUAGUGAUGAGGCUGCUGAGGUAAAAGUAACUGAACCUGAGCAAGAAAUAGAGCGAGAAAUUUCUCCCAGCAACCCUGAGCCCAAAGAAAAUGAGCCAGAAGAAUCAGAGACUGAAUCCAAAGUGAUUUUAGAACUUGAGGAGGAACCAGAGGUGACAGCGGAGCCAGAACCACAACCAGAGCCUAAACCAGAUGUUGUUCCUGUAUUAGAGCGUGUUGAGGAGCAGACCACACCAGAAGCUGCCCAGGAAGUAGCUGUGACGCAUGAGGAGGCACCUGUGGAUGCUGCUGAGGAGCUUGCACACCCUCAGGUGCGUGAAGCCGAGUCGUCAGGGCCAAAACUGAGGGACCGCACUCACAUCGAGGACACACUGCGACUGGCUACUGCUGAAGCCUCUGCAGAGUUUUCAGCUGCCAUGAAGAAGUUACUGAACAUCUAUCACACAGCCAUUAAACCAGUGGAGCAGGCCUACAAGUACAAUGAGCUAAGGCAGCACGAAGUCACAGAUGGCGAGAUUACCUCCAAGCCCAUGGUUUUGUUCCUGGGACCCUGGAGUGUCGGCAAGUCUUCCAUGAUCAACUACCUGUUGGGUCUUCAUGAAACCCCCCAGGAGCUUUACACAGGUGCCGAGCCCACGACCUCUGAGUACACCGUCAUAAUGCACGGUGAGAAGGUUCGGACCAUAGAGGGCAUUGUCAUGGCUGCAGACAGCUCGCGGGCCUUCUCACCGCUGGAGAAGUUUGGCCAAGGCUUUCUGGAGAAGCUGGUGGGCAUCGAGAUGCCCCACAAGCUCCUGGAAAGGGUCACCAUUGUCGACACACCGGGCAUCAUUGAAAACCGCAAGCAACAGGAGAGAGGUUACCCUUACAAUGACGUGUGUCAGUGGUUCAUCGAUCGAGCUGAUCUGAUCUUCCUGGUGUUCGACCCCACCAAGCUGGAUGUCGGUGGGGAGCUGGAGAUGCUCUUCACGCAAAUGAAGGGCCGUGAGUCCCAGAUCCGCCUCAUCCUCAACAAGGCCGACAGCCUCUCCACCCAGGACCUGAUGAGGGUCUACGGGGCUCUGUUCUGGAGCAUGGCACCACUUAUCAAUGUCACUGAGCCCCCACGGGUCUAUGUCAGCUCCUUCUGGCCUCAGGACUAUGCUGUGGACACGAGUCAAGAGCUCUUCAUGAAGGAGGAGAUUUCUCUUCUGGAAGACCUCAACCAGGUGAUUGAGAACCAGAUGGAGAACAAGAUUGCUUUCAUCCGCCAGCAUGGCAUUCGCGUCCGCAUCCACGCACUGCUGGUGGACCGUUACCUCCAAGCAUACUAUGAUAAGCUGGGCUGGUUUAGCGACCCCCAUGAGGUGUUCCACGACAUCGUGAAGGAGCCAGACAAGUACUACAUCUUCAAGUCCAUUCUGGCCAAGACCAACAUCAGCAAGUUUGACCUGCCUGACAAGGAGGCAUACCAGGACUUCUUUGGCGUGAACCCCGUUUCCAGCUUCAAGCAGCUCUCGUACCACUGCAGCUGGAGGAGCGGCUGUCUGCUGGAGAAGCUGGAGAAGGCCAUCUCUCAGGAGCUCCCAGCUCUGCUCAGCAGCGUCAGCAAGACGGCAGACACUUCUGCCCAAGCGAAGGCUCCGGCAACACUGCCACCUCCUCUCCCUGGCACGCCACGGUCCCGCUUGUGAAGAGAAACCCAACAGACGGUGGGAGAAGCAGUGAAAUGGAGAAGGAUGCAGAAAGAUGAAGCAGCCCUGAAUUUAUUUACUGCAUUUUUGUCAGUAUGAUGUUCUAAUCUGUUGCCUUCUUACUACACCAGAACAGUUUAUAUCUGUAAAUGAGAGAAAUAAUAAAACUACUGUCACAUACAUGUGUCUAUGAAUGUAUAAUGGAUUUUUAUGAACGUUUUCCAGACACUAUUUUAACAUUGGUUUAGCAGAAAGGCAAAAAAAGACUAAAGCUACACAGUCCGGCCUUUAUUUCUGCAAAAAGGUCUGUGAUAUGUUAAUGAAACCUAGGGAGGAUUGUUGUUUUUUGUCUCUCUCUGUUUUGUACCAUAUUUAAUCACCUUUUAUUUUGGGGGAAGAACAAUCUACUUCUGCUGUGUCUUCUGUGUUGUUUGCUGAGUCUGGUUUAGUCUAACCUUGUGUUGUCACAGAUUUUACAGUUACAUUACUGUUGGACAGUUCAGCCAUGAUUGGUCAUGCUAUUGUACUGCACUGCUGUUUACUGUACUGACAUUUGUCUGUAUUGUGUUUGCUAUAGAGACAGGUUUUGUUUCUCUGCACUGCACUGACUGUGAGUUGACUGUAAUGAUUGAGUAUUUCCCUAAUUUAUUAGUAGCACUCUGUUUCUGUAUUUAAGGUGUUUUUUGUUGUCAAAAUAAAUCACAUAUUUUGAAUGACUACCACACCUAAAAUACAGAGGAAAGGUUUCAUUUGAAAGGAAAUGCCCAUGUGCGUGGCAACUGUGAGGUACACAGCAAAACAAAUAGGCAGUUUCCAUUUCACAUUACCAAUAAACUGUCUUCCUAAUAAAAAUA